AUGGCAACACCGGUUUCAUCUUGGGAAGAGAGACUACGCCUAUCUCUCAAGAGUGGGUUGAUUGACCAGCGCGCUGAUGUUUCCAAGGCUGGGAGCUUCCAAACACUGGCCCAGGGCGAUGGCGAGUCGAUUGGAACAUCCCCAGAUGCAUACUCAAUCGACAUUCACACCUACGUGGUGAGCCACGCCAUCCUUGGGGAGUUCAGUGAAGAAGAGCGCAACACCCAUGGCGCGAGACAGAUCAUUGACCGGACUAAGUCGAGUCUUCUCACCCUUGUGCGAGGUACACCUAAAGCAUCCCUCUUGCACCAUAUAAGUCAAAACCUGGAUCUGGACCCUGAGAGUGUUUUAGAGUACUAUGGUUUUCUGGAUACUUUUCGCAUACGCUCUCUGCCAUCCCGAACGCCGCCAGUAGCUACCAUCCGCUUCAUUAGCCUAGGCAUGUUCAGCCCAGCUCCAUUCAUGGAGGGAGGAGCAGCUCAACUCCGGUCUGAACUAAAUGCACAACUACGAGAUCAUUACGAAGAGUGCUUGAACGACGACCAUCCCGGAUCCGAACGAUGCCGCCGGAUCAAUGUACAUGAUACCAGGUUUUUCACUGUCGAACAGCAGGCGACACUACUCACUCAUGAAGAAUCCACCGGGAGCUGGUCAGGAGUUUGGUUCACGGACUUCGGCUCGAAGUCAUCGCUUAAACCCUGGAUACCAAAAUCGAUUGCUGGUAUCGAAGCUCAGUUCUACCCAGUCGUACCUCGAGGCCAGUGUAGCAUGUCGUCAACGGAUGCCCAACCCAGCAAGACCCUACAGACAAAUACAACUCCCAAUGUUUUCCUACAGGAAGGCACGGAUAAGAACGCCAUGUCUGAAGAAGACUGUCAGCUCUGCGUCAAGGACCCUUUCAUGUUCCUUUCCGACAUCUAUGACACGUCAGCGCUUAGCUGGAUGCAAGUCUUCUCGUAUCUACGUGCGUCCUUGGAAUUACUUCCGGAAGAACCAGUCGAUCAGGGAUCGCAGCUCAGGGCUCAGGGAGCGCAGCUCAGGGCUGAUAAAGAUUUUCUCGACCACGCCAUCUGCUAUUUCUCUGAGGUGACUUCUUUCCUGAAGCAUCCACCCAAAACGUGGCAGCAAUCGACAAGAUCCAAGGACGUUGCUACCCGUCUUAUCACUGACUUCGAGGUUUUGCGCCACGAAGCUGAAGACCUUUCCAGACGGUGCAGUGAGUCCAUUUCGAUUGCAAUGAGUACUAUCAGUAUUCUUGACUCUCAGAAGAGCUUGGAUGAGGCACGUCGCGUCCAAUUCAUCACGUUUCUUGCUUUCAUAUUCAUUCCGAUGACUUUCAUAGCCUCGUGCUUUGGCAUGAAUAUAGUGGAGCUUGCGGAUCCUGGCUCUGACCUUCGAACAUAUUUCACAAUAGCUGUACCGUUCACUGUGGUUAUGCUCAUGGUUCCAAUUUGGAUUGAGUACAGGGAAUGGAUGAGAACAAAGGUCAGGGUGUGGCAUUCUAGAUCGAGAGGGAGAUAG